AUCCACGAAGAGUUGCGAGGCAUUUGGGAGCAAGAAAUUUCCUCUCAGUAGAACACCAUUCGUUUGACUUUUCACCAAGUCCCACUCUGCUACGCGGAAUUCUUCAUGUCAAUUCUCUCUACGCGUAGGAUUCUUCCAUGUUUCUGUUUUUGUUUUAUUUUUUGUUUCUGUUUUGUUUUUGUUUUGAUUGCUUUACAAAAGCAAACACAAAACACUGCAGAUUCUCAGAGCAUCACCAAUGGCAACUCCUCACCACUUCUUCUUCCCCUGCUUCUUCUUCUUCUUUGUUCUUUCCAAUUCUCAGAACACGAACUCAAGUACUUGCACCUUGGACUUCACCCGGUUCCCUUACGAGCCCCACGGCGAUUGCUUUGACACCGCCACGAGCUCAGCCUCAGCUCCAUCCACCCGUUCGUGCUGCGGCCAGGCGCUUCAAUCCCUCUUCCAAGCAAUGACAGUUAGAGCUAACCACUCUCAGUCAAUCUUCCUUGAUCCUUCUCAAGCUGAAGCUUGUAUUACCACUUUCCAAAAGCUUCACAACAAGAGUACUAAUAUUCUCUCAAAGUGCACACUCCAAGACUUCAUCUCUUCUUCGGGCACCGAUCUGCGGUGCUCGAGACACUCCGUCAAGUCAGUGAUAAACUCCCUCGGGGUCGAAAUAUACAAUGCCUUUCGAUCAAAUUGUAGUGGCUUAUCAGUAGAUAAUUACAGCGAUGUUGCGUGUUUUGGCAGCGUGGUUUCGUAUAGGCAGGCUUUGCAAGCUUUGGGAGAGGGGUGUGCUGAGGCCCUGCUCAUUAGUCUUGCAAGCUCAGACACUGAUUCUGCAAAUUGGGUUCAUGGCACAUUUUCUUGUUUAUGGGAUGAAAUAAAGUUUCCAUGGUCUACACAAAUGGAUAAGAAAGGGUCCUCCUUGACUUGGAAGAAGAUCCUUGCAAUAAUUAUCACGGUAGCAGUUCUGGUGGUCUUGGCUCCAAUUCUUUACAAGGUUACGAGGAAAAGAUUAAAACAUGCGAGUGAGAAAGAGAUUGAGAAUUUCUCAGUUAAAGUCCUCAAGAAAACAUUGGAGGAAGAAUCUAGGAUCCCCUUCAACAGCUCUGAUCUUUAUAUUUUCUCGCAAGAUGAAAUGGCAAAAGCCACAAACUAUUUUUGUGAUUCGAAUUUAAUCGGAGAGGGGACGCUCGGGAGAAUGUAUGUUGGAACAAUGCCCAGUGGAAUGAAAGCAGCAAUUUUGAAAAUGAGUGAGGGGAUAAAGCUUCAGGAUUUCACUGAUCAGAUUUACAAAAAAGCAAAGAUAAGGCACCCAAAUCUGGUAAGCAUUUUGGGAUACUGUGACAGAGGAGAUCAAUGCCUUGUUUAUGAGUAUUGCAUCAAUGGGGAUUUAGCUAAUUGGCUAUUUGGAGGGCAGGGGACUACAACUUUAACAUGGGAUCAGAGGCUACAGAUAUCGAUUGGCAUUGCCCAAGCCAUAAGGUUUUUACACAACCAUCCAUUGGAGAAGAUUGUUCAUGGGGACAUCGAGUUAAAAACCAUAUUAUUGAGUGAGAAACUUCAAGCCAAGCUGUUCGAUUCCAUUUUGUCAUCAAUGUACAAGUCGAACGAUAAGUCACGAGCCAUGGCAAAUGAUGUCUUCAAUUUUGGGGUUGUGCUAUUUCAGCUCCUGACUGGAAGGGCUUUCAACCUGAGUUCCUCCCAAACAAAAUCUUUAAUUGAAGAGGCAAGGGAUGCAGUUUCAAGAGGAGGAAGCCUGAAUAGCCUGGUGGAUCCACGCCUAAAUGGCGCAUACAUUCCUGUGGAAUUUCGAAGUAUAUUAUCAUUAGCAAUUCUUUGCAUGACCCCAUAUGAACGCGAGAGGCCAAACAUGGAUCAUGUUCUACAGAAACUUGAGGAAACCCAGAUUCUUGUUUGAACACAGUUCCAGCAUUGAUGGAAGUAAAAAAGAAACCAUUGCAUUGACAUUGGUUUCCUAGUAGGAAUAAACAGAGAAGUGCACAGUACGUACAGGCCACAUGGUACCCAAAAUGAAACUUGUAAAGAGACAAAGGGACCACCCUUGUGAUAGAAAAAAUGUAUGUACAUAUCAGAUGGGGACAAUAAGAACAUUCCUUAGUAGAAAAAAAUAUAAGAUGCUGUUAAACUUAAUGAGCCAAUCACUGAUGUUGAUAUUACUAGAAAUGUUGGCAAUGUUGGGGUGUUAAGCUCAGUGAAAGAAAAAUCAGUAAUUCAAGAACAGAGCAUGGAAGAUGAAGAACUACUGCCUGUGAUAUAAUUCUUAUAACCAUUGGUAGCUUUAGUAAAAAUAUCUGUAACAGUUUUUUUUUAACAGAAAUUGUUUUAUUCGUCAGCCAGCACUUGUAUAUAAAGCUGGCUGGGCAUAUGUAAAUUUUACAAUUUCCUUUUUGCAACUUCAUUUUGAUAAUCUGAAAGUAUAUUCAGUUUCUU